GCUGCUGGCUUCAGAGACGCCAGAUAGCCUGCACCACUGGUUCGCCGCACCUUGCUCUUCGUUUUGGGUGCUCUACGCAGCAUGGAAGUGCGACAACGUAGAAGAACCUGCCCGCCGAGUAACGCAGACAAGCUAGUAGGUCUCCUGGCAGACGUGAGAGACAGCGUGUCCAGUUCCAUCAAAAGGCAGCAGCAGGAGCAGCAGUCAAUCGGUACAAAACAAAAUCAACACACCCGUCCGCUUCCACCCUUUGCUGCGUACUCGCUUGGAGGGAGGGCUCUCGUCGGGUAAGCCAUGCUACCGUAUAGCCCAGGAAACCGCGGCGGCGGCGCUGGCGGCGGCAACGACACGCGCAGCAUCAUCAAAAGAGUCGGAUGCGGCCGCUGCCGAACGGUGAACCUGGUGAGCCGACGAACCUUUGUGUUUGUCUUCGCGGCUGGCCUUCUCGGAGCCGCGCUCGUGCUCCUCCUCUCGGCCGGCGACCGCGACAGAUCCUCUUCGCCCUCGUCGUCGUCGCCGUCGACCUCGGCGACGACCGGCUUCAAGGCCAAGAUCCUGUCGGCGGCGCCACGGCAGCAAGACCAGCAGGAGCUGCAAGGAGGCGGCGGCGGCGGCGGCGGCGGCACCUCUCCAUCAUCAACGCCGGAAACAAGUGGAGGAAUAGCGGAAGAAGAGGAGGGAGAGGGGGGUGACAAGCCCAAGAUCACGGUGAGGCAGGCGGAGGGCCGAGGCGCUGGAGGGGGAAAGGUGUCCGUCUUCGUCUACGACGGCGUUCCUGAGCUGGACCACUCGUGGCUGGUGCCGUGCUACCGACAAGUUCGCGAUGGCGUCUCCCCGUGGCAGGACGAGACAGCGGACAUGGCGCAGGACAUGGGGGAAAUAUGGCUUCACCGCGCGAUGCUAGCUCACCCGUGGAGAGUACUCAACCCGGAGGAAGCUGACCUGUUCUACGUGCCCAUGUAUCCGGUGCUGAGCAUGAAGCUGGGCAGCAACAGGUGCGGGGGCAAGACGCACGACGAGCUCAUCAACACCUCCGUCGAGUACCUCGCCCUGUCCAGCGUCUACUUCCGCCGCUUCGGCGGCGCCGACCACGUGCUUGUGUGCGCCUGGUGGAACUGCAGGGGGGUGCUGGGACCGAAGCCCCGCAUGCUGCUGCGCCGCACGGUGGUCGGGAUCAACGAGAAGAUUCUUGGGUGGACCAGGUGGGGGUGCGGGUUGGACAAGAUGGUCACCAUCCCCUACACGGCGAGCAGCGUCCUCACCACCAGCGACAUGAUCGGGGGGCGCGCGGCUGAGGACCGAGAUAUACCCUUCUUUUUUGUGGGCACGGCGCGGAGUCGCCCGGAGCGCCAGAACUUGGACGUGGUGACGGGUAUGGCGGAGGGCAGUGUCAUAAUGCUCGGCAAUCAUCAAUCGGACUGGGGCAUGAACUCGACCCAGUACGCAGCACACAUUUCCCGCAGCAGGUUCUGCUUCUGCCCCCGGGGAGACACGGAAUCAAGCCGCCGCAUCUUCGACGCCGUUGCCGCGGGCUGCACGCCGAUCGUCACGAAGGCUUCGGUCGCCGUCCUCCCGUUCUCCGAGCAUGUGCUCAACUACUCGGACUUUGCCGUGGUCGUGGACCCGGACGCCUUCACCACGCGGGAGCGAGUGACGAAGGUCGUGCAGGAUGCCCUCUCGAGGUCGGAAGCGGAGGUGGAGCAGCUGCGGGAAGGCGGGAGAAGGAGCAUGAGCGCUCUCCUGUACGGAGUGACGAUGGGCAAGGAGAUGGGCGACAUGCGACCCUUCCUCGGCACCGCUACGAACUUCGUCCGAGCGAGCUACGCGCUCGCGGGGGGAGGAGGGGCUGAGGGCGAGGGCAGAUCGGCCGACAUGUGGACCUGCAACCGGUAUGACCCCAUGAACGACGAGAUGGACGCGGCUCCGCGAACGACUGCGAAGCUACCCCCCCCGGCCGGCGCAACGCGACAGUGGCUGGCCGAGACAGAGACAAUCGUGAACGUGGAGCGGUCCCUGCUUUUGUGCGCUCCCCCGAACACCGGGUCGUUGCAGUUCAGGAUGCUCGCCAAACGGAUGCAGGGCCUCCCGCACUGGGCGGUGUCCAACGACCGGUCGCUGCUGUUCGACCGAGAAGCCUCGGGGCUCGAGCUGCUGGAUACAACGGACGGCCACCUGAUGGAGGAGAUCUACCGAGAGAACGGGUCCGGUUGGAUCAAGAUCGGUCUCGUGCGUGACCCGGUCACACGGCUGCUUUCGGCCUACCUCGACCUUGCCGACAGGUGGCGGGAGGCGCUGUCGCCGCCGAGGGGAACCGCGGAUGAUUCUGCCGCCGGGCAGAGUUCCAACCACGAUCGACGGCGGCUACGGCAAUCGCCGGACAAGGGGGAGCUUACGGGCGAAGACAAUGACCGACAUCGCCAGCAAGGGGGAAGGAGAGACCAUGCACCGCUCACCGGAAGCGAGUGGGACUUGCUCGAGACUAUCGUCGACAGGCGAAGGCGGCGGUGGCGGCGACAGCGGGGACCGGGGCCCCGGCAAGGGGAGGAAAACGAGAGAAUGGCCUACGAGGGUUUGCACGACACCGGAAGAGGCGGCAGCAGCGGCGGCGGAGGCGUUUUUGGUGGAGAGGGCGGCAGCGGGAGCCGCAAUGAAGGAACCGACAACCAAGGGGGCGCCAACGCCAGCGGCGGGAGGGGUGCGGGCUGGCGAUUACCACAAGGCGAGAGAAGAGACGGAGCAGACCAACGCGCCAAGGUUAACAACGACGAUGGCCGGGAGGUGUCGCCGGAGCAGCACCCGCGACGACACCGCGAAAUGGAGGAGGAAGAAGAGAGGCGUUUCUUCUGGCAGGGUCCCGGGGGUAGGGACGGCCCCGGGGCGGCAGGUGAGGACGGCGGCGACAGGUCCGCCGUUGGCGGCCGCGGUGACGGCGAUGGCGUCGGCGUCCCUACCUUCGUGGAGGUUGUAGAGACCCUCGAGGCGGACGUCUGGGGCGGCCCCGUGGCGUUCCGGCCGGCGGUGAGCCUGUGCGGCCAGCGCAACUCUCCGUUCGACAGCGUCAUCCCGUUCGAGAGGCUGCAGAAAACCUCUACCGAGCUAGUGAAGUCUCUCCCCGGAGACAUCUGGGAGGCGUUUGGGAAGUCCGGGUGGGGCCCAGAAGGGCAAUACGCCUUCAUGGAGUUCGACUACGGCCGGAACGCCCGGCGGCGGCAGGGAGGGCCGGUCGGCGAGGAAGCACAACGACCAGAAGGCAACGACAAGGAUGAGCCCUUGCCGCCGCGCGCGCGCGAUCUCUUCGACGGGGAGGACCUUUGCGCGUGGGCGGAGUACUACACCGACCUGGAGACCCUCGAGACUGUUGGCAAGAUCUACGAGUUGGACUACAUCUACUACCGCUGGUAUCGGCUUGAUUCGUGGAGGGAGAGACUGCAGGCCUGUUUGGCUGCCAAGCGUUGAGGAGACGCAGCGGUCGCCAGAGAGCGGGCAUGUACUUAGUCGCUGGCUGUUUGUUUGUUGUGUGUUGUUUCUCACAUUAGCUCUAUACAUGUAGUCCACCAAAAAUGGGGAGCCCGUGGUCUCAAUACAAAAAUAGGGUACAAAUCACUCGGAACAAGAAAACAAAAUGAUCGAAAGAAAAGAACAGGCUGCCGGUGUAGCGAGUACGCGUANGGGGGGGGGGGGGGGGGGGGGGGGGGGGGGGGGGGGGGGGGGGGGGGGGGGGGGGGGUUCUUGUUUUCUUCCCAAAUUUGUCUUGUUUUAUGUUUGCUUCCACUGGAGUCGCGUGUUUGCCGGGUCGUUGGUCGACACUACUCGAUCGGACACAGCUUUUUCUUGCAGCAGCGGUACGGCAGAAAGAGCAUGUCCGAAGAGCGUUCUUUUUCGUCCGUUCGCGAGGGAGCGAACCUGCGCGCGAACGCACGUACGUAUGCGUACGUACGCGUCCUGCUUCGGUGUGGGUUCUUGUGCACGGCAUAUAGGUAAAUGGUCGACAGAGCGCAAAUCGUCGUGCUUGGAUGGUGGGUGUGGUCCUGGAGGCGACUUGCGUUGGACAAUGUGCGUCUCGAUUUUGCCGGAACGUGGGUGGGGGGCACCCAUAGGUGGGUGAAGGGGUUCCCGGGAAGUCGGGGAAGUUCAAGUUCGAGUGAGCACCGGACCAAUAGGAAACGUGCAUCGUGUUUUGUAGAGAUUUGCCCUUUGGGGCGUUUGUUUAGGUGGGACGGUUGGUUUCAUGGGACGGGAUUGAUUGUCAACAACGUUGCUGUAAGGAGAGUUCACACGUGCUGCAUGAAGCUGUUCAAAUCAGACAGAAAGUUGUAUACACUACGAGCCCAGGGAGCUUGAUGUUAGGUCUAACUCCUUCCACGCGUUGUUGGUUACUUAGCAGUGGAUGUCGGAUUUUAAACUUGUCUUUGUAUAUUUUUGUUGUUCCAUGUGUUGAUGAUGUCAGUUGGCUUUCAGACCCUUCGGGUCCAUGUAAUCUGAGUACAUUCAGUUAGCGUGUGGCCACGGGCAUUGACCGGUCAAGUGUUUGAUGAGUACGGACUGAUGUGAGGUACUGGGUAGAGAGAUGGGAAAGGUUGUCAAGGUGAAGACAACAACAACAACAACAACAUUUGUUCUGGACGUCGGUCCUCACGCCUUUCGGUGUAAUUCUGGACGCAUCAACCGGGGUCACACAGGAGAAACGGCAGGCCACACAGUCAGUUGUACUCUUGCGGUGCGUGCCUUGGUCUGUAUCUCUAGAAGAAUUCAUUCAGCCUUUCCUUUCCCUCAUCAGUAGGCUUCAUAAAUAGGACUAUGAGUUUCUUUUUCCCCUCAGUCCGGCGUUAUCUGUGUUCCAAUGUUCGCAAGCCCAUCUUUAUGUUGGAGCGAUUAUGCUGAUUCCCAGAGCCUCGGCGGAGAUCGGGCGUUCGUUGUGUCUUCGAAGCCCCCCCGCGGGCGUUUGAGGCGGGGUGUGUGAAUGUUGUAUAGGGUUUGAUUGAACAUCGAUCGUUUAAAGUCUUUUAGAAAUAGACGGACCUCUCCCGUGCUGCCGCGAUCCUUCCCGGCGGUAGCAUCGAACCCCGACCACAGAUUGGCUGGGUCAGCAGCACGAGAAGCCUUGUUACUUUUUGGCACUCAAUCAGCGCUCGCAGCGUUUCUGCCGGGUAGGAGCUGCUCCAAUCCGUGGUCACACAGAUUAAUUAAGGCGUCCCUCUUUUGGAGCUUGCCUUCGAUGUUUAUCCCGCGAAGAGUGCAGCGCUCUCUCCCCCCAACGCGUGCUCAUGCACUGCCGCCUUGGCUUUGCCGCCUUGGCUUUUUGUUUCGUGGCACAAGCAAUAGGUUAUCCUGUUGAGCCAGUAUUCCGGAUCUGGGCGAACCGGCGAGACGGGGAUGACAAGGACCCGUGGCUUGCCGGCAAGUGGCAAAACGUUGCAGAGGAACGACGAGGCGUUGGGGGACUGUGUGUUGUUUCUUACCGUGCAAGUAUCGGACUUCACGGAAGAAAGGCACACAUCGCAUUUCCCACAGACCGCCAAGCACACCAGACCCUAAACCACCCCGGUAACCGCUUCAGGGAAGGGUGCAUGCUAGCUAUGCAUAGUGCGAUAGCAUCACAACCGCACCUACCUACCCCACCGCACGCCUUGGUCACUUGUUUCGCAUCAUCUACAGGCAAAAAUAAACCACAAGACACGUUGAGUACAUUCGGCGAGUAAGUGUUGUAGAGCAGAGUGCGAGACUUGGAAAACCGUGUCGUUGGUGCCCGCCCCCCCACCGCUCGUAGUGUACCCCAGAAGAACUGGAGAAGGAUGAGCAUGCGACUGGGUCUGGUGCAGGUGACUCGAACAUGUGUGCACACGAACCAACCGAGGAUGCUACUCAACAUCCGCACGUCCCUCCAGCCAGAGCUCUUCGUUUUAUGUGUCCUCCCCAAACCACAAUCCAGACAAAAUACGAAAUUUGGGUACAACAACGUGAUAUACCCUCCCCCUCCAUGGGGACAUCCUAUUUACGAAGAGUACAAUCUCCCCAAAGUCUGUCGGCGACGACUCCCUCUCUUCGCGCACAUCCCAACAAACAUGCUGUCUUGUACGUACCUGAUUACCUUGUGGCCUAGACUACUUCACCUACAUAUGUACUCCGUGUGCACUGGUACACCACGACGCUGGAACAAACCGCUGUCAAAAACCGGGCGGUUCCUAUCCGCGAACCUGCCCGAAAGUCAACGGCAUCUAUCUCCGGCGCUUACAGGUGGCAAACGACAAGACUAGUCUCUGUGGCAUUGUCGCCGAGAAAAACAAGCACCAAAAAUACUUCGGUUGUUCACGCGGCUUUCCCUCGUAGGUGUUCUUUUUUCUCAAACGCGCGUCGUAGGAUGCGAGGCCAACGGGCUAGCGACUACGGCAUACCAGUGCGCGUUUACAUGAUUACCCCCCCUCCAACAACAACAAUAACAGCGUC